AUGGCAGAUCCAAAGUAUGCUGACUUGCCCGGCAUUGCAUAUGAUCAGCCGGACGUUUACGAAACAAGCGAUCUACCAGAAUCUGAUCAGAAUGCUGCGUAUUACGAGGAAGAGAGUGAUUCAAUCGAACGCCUCCACAUCAGUGCGAAUGAAGCUUUCACGAAAUUUAAUAGGAGCGUGUUGGAUACCAAUAAUGUUGAUUUCUCAGAUACAGUACGGAAAACUUUGAGAACUGGAUAUAAUUCAAGAUUGAAUGAGUUGGAGCUAGCUGGCAUGGGUGAGAAGGAAACUCCAUUCCAAAAAUAUGAACGUCUUCAGUAUGAAAUGAAAGAACUGCUGGAAGAAAUAUCACAAAUUCAGGAAUCACUGAAGGAUGCCCCAGAGCAGCAGCAGCCAUAUUCCCAGUUAGCAGGUCGUAUGGAGCAUGUCUGCUCUCAAAUGGCUGAAGUUCAUUUGGAGGAGGCUCUUGGAUCUCAGCUUGUAUCAAAUCUUUCUGACCCACAUAAUAUGCAACAUAAAAAGCUGCUUGCAAAACUAGAAGGCUUGUGUCAGACAAAUGCAGAUGCCACAAAAGUUAAAACAAACAAGGAAGAUCAAAGUAUUUCUGAAAACGACAGCAAUGGAUUGUUGUAUCAACUUACCUAUCAGCCUGAGCAGGCCCGCCUAGCCCACACUUCUCGUAUUGCUGAUCUGGAUCAGCGGUUGCAUCGUUUGGAAACAGUACUUGGCCCAGAACCAGUAAAAGCGGUGGGUCUUACAACACAAGACAUCGGUGGGCACAGAGAUGCUCCUAAUGGUCUGUUGGAAAUAACUCAGCAGCUGAGUGCUCGUGUUGCACUUCUGGAUAAUUCUCGUCUUGAUCUGGCUGAAUCCCGGCUUGCAGCUCUCUCUGCCAAAAUGGAUGCACUAGCUGAAAAGGGGCAGACUGCAACUCAGUCUGCUGACAGGGAUGCUAAGAUUAUGGAAUUGUAUGAUUUGGUUAAGAAAAGUGGUGACAUGUCUCAAAUGCUACCACAAAUUGUUGACCGCAUGUUAGCUCUGGAAACGCUUCAUCAUCAAGCUGUUGAUUUCAGCAAGUCAUUAGGUCAGUUAGAACUAAUACAGCAGCAGAUAACAACAACACUGCAAAAUAAUGAAGACCUAAUAAAGCAAGUUCAGCAGACCUUUAGCCAGAAUUUGGAAUCUAUCAAGAAGAAUCUAGGUAACUUAGAUGCGAGAGUGGAUGCUUUAAAAAAGAAAUGA